GGAACAUAUUUUCAGUUCAGAAUGCCAACAUGACAGUAACAAAUGUAAGAUUAAAACAUGAAAAAGCUGUUUGCAUCGUCGAAGCAGGAUUCUCAGUAUGACUCCUUUGUUGGUAAGCACUAUGGUGUAGGGGACCUGACACUUGUCGUUGAGGAUGUCAUCGCUGAAGGAGGUUUCUCGUUUGUGUUUUUAGUUCGGGACACCACAAAGAACAGAAUAUUUGCACUGAAGAGAAUGUUAGUCAACUCUCAAGUUGAUCUGGAAAACUGUAAACAAGAAAUUCUUAUAAUGAAAUCGUUUCACCGGCAUCCAGCUAUGGUAUCAUUUAAAGGACACCACACAAAGCACAUUGGAAACGGGAUUUAUGAAGUGCUACUUCUCAUGCAGCACUGUCCAAACGGCACGGUGGUGGAUCUGAUGAACCAGCAUUUGUCAUCCGGGUUUACCGAAACAUUGAUCAGGCAGAUAUUUACUGGUAUUGUUGAUGCUGUUGCUCUGUUGCAUGAGAACGGGUACUCUCAUAGGGAUUUGAAGGUUGAAAAUAUACUGAUAGGACCCAGUAAAGAGUAUGUAUUGUGUGACUUUGGAAGCGCUCAUCAAGGAGACUUGGAUCCAGAGGCACAUGGACACAAUUUUGUCGAAGAAAAUAUUUUGAAGUUCACCACGCUGGCUUACAGAGCGCCUGAAAUGUGCGAUAUGUAUCUCGGGUACAAGAUAGGACCGGCGGCAGAUCUCUGGGCACUGGGUGUUUUACUUUACAAGCUCUGUUUCUUCACCACACCCUUUGAAGAGAACACUCUCGCGAUAGCUCGCGCUAAGUUCGCCAUCCCUGACCCUGAUAAAUAUAGCGACAAUCUCAUCUCCAUCAUUCGAGAUACGUUGAAAGUUAAUCCUUCUGAUAGAUUAAAUGCAAGACAGAUCAUCUCACGAUUGAAGAACGAUGAGGUGAAAAGUAAAGAGCAAGUCCCUGCUUCCUUAAAAGAGGUGGUGCAGCCGGCUCCUUCAAUCAAACGGGUCCAACCUGCGCUAGUUACUCAAGACCAUACCAACAAACACGUGGAACCAGCCACUCCGAAUGAGGACAGUUCCACGGUCAAAUCAAGAUCUCGACCUCGAGCUAUCAACAAACCGAGCGAAGUCUUACUUAUAGCACCCCCCGAAACUGCUUUAUCACGAGAUCACGCCGCGCCCUCACGUGACAUAACGAUGACAUCACGUGAUAGUGUGAUGACGUCACGUGACACUAAUGAUUUAGAAGUCAGAGUAAAGCGACACAGCCUUCAUUCUAGUCCGCAGCUGACCAAAGGUGAAGAUCCCUGGGGAAGUACAUCCUCUGCCAACGCCAGCCCUCACCAAAGACCCCCGCCAGCCACCCCAGCGACUCCCCUCUCCACUACCUCUCCGCUGGUCUUUCUACCGCCACCCCCUGCCUCUCCCUCCCACAAGGUUGUUAGUCGCCGGGGUCACUCUCGUGCCAAAUCGGACACCACUUUCCUCAAGAAUAUUUCCAACCCGAUGAGUAAUCCUUUCUUGUGGGAGGAGGAAAAGAGGAGCUACGAGAUGAGUAGCAGCGCGGGUCAGUUGUCAAGCGGUGCGGGACCACUGCGCAGCGUAGCACCCACUCCAGCAAGACUACCACGCAGCGCCGCCACCAGUAGGGAGGAGGGCGUCAACAACCCUGUGUACCGAAGUGGGUUAUCUUACGGCAGUGAGACAAAUUUUGAAGAGAGUGGUAAGUCAGGUUGGUCGAACAACCCUUUUGAGCCAGCCCCAGGUGAAGAUGAGUUUUUGAAACUGAGUUUAAGGGACAAGGGUAGCUCGCAAACCAGACUGGAUCAAAUACCAACCGACCAGACAAACAAUAAAGCUGGCAAAAGCAGCAAAGUAGCUCGAGCAAAAACGUUCUCCCACAGCCCCAAGAGCAGACCCCGCCCUGUUGUCAAGCGAGCAGCUAUCGUUACCCAGACCCCGGGCCUUCAGCAAUGAGGCUAUGAUGCCGCUCAACCGGACAUUGAGUGACCCGGAGCCGACUGCUUCGUCCCCAAAUCUUCAUCACGGGAAAUCUCUGAACUCCCUGGAUAGCAGAUCUACUUCUGCCACCAAGAAGAAACGGAAGAUUAACUUCUUCGGGAAGAAGAAGGUCCUGUCCCAGGAGGAUUUUGUCGCUAAACACAGCGGUACAUACCGCUCGGCUGUCCUGGGAAAUCCCCUGUACGACGAUCUCAAUACUUGAACUUGAACUUUUAAUUGGUCAAUUAGUUGAGCAGUUAUAAAACUAUUCAGUGAGCUAAUUGGUUAAGUGGAUAAUAAUGGAUGCUUGUUAAUUUUAAAUGCGGUGUGUGCUUUUUGUAUGUUUGGAAUGUGACGGUUCUGGUAUGAGCAUCACGAGUUGGUGCCAGUAGUUUAUAAUAGAGAAUGUGAUGUAGUGGAAUGUAGAGUGGAAUGUAUACGAUGUAUAGUGGCCUGGAAUGUAUACGAUUAGAGGGUGCACUCGUUUUGUGGUUCUGAAAAAUUUUCCCGCGAUUUUUAUGAAAAAGGUGCUAUUUUAAUUUACUGUUUCAUAAAUUACCUAACCCAAGAUGGGAAUCCUAUUUGGAUUUUCCUUUUUCUGUUUCACAUAGCGAAUAUGAAGAUAAAUUUAAGUCUGUAUGGAGUGUCCUCUAGAUAUUUGUUAUACAAAAAGUAGAAUUGCAGUUAAAGUACAACGUUUACUUUAAAAUUAACACUCCAUCGGCGGAAACUUAACCAAAUGUUAAAGUUUAGUUACGGUUUCUCUGAAAAAUUACAUUUAUGAGCUCUGAAUUAUAAUCCGAUUAGAUUUUCAAGCUUCAAAGUUUUUGAGAUUUUUUGAUAUAAUCUGGAUUUCUCAGUUUUUACCAACACGAAUUUAUGUAUAUUUUAGUGUGUUUUAGCGAUCAGAAUUUCUCGAUUUGGGGACAGAGAGGCUUGUUGCUUCAUAUUCUUUUUUUAAAUAUUUUUCGAAUUUUUCGUGCGAUGGCGAACCGUUCGUAGAUUACGUAUAAUGAUUUAGUAUUUAGAUCUAUAAAUACAUAAUUAUACAUAUACAUAUUUGUGGUUUAAUUGAUGCGAUAGUUUGAUCGUUUAUGUUUGAUACUGCCUAUUUUAAUAUAUGGUAUUAGUACUGCCUAUAUAAUGUGGUAUUAGUAGAUCCACACACUACCAAUUAUUUUUAAUGUGGGAUCAAAACCUAGUUAAAAGACAAAAAGAAUAAUUUGUGACCCAACGGCAACGUUCUCAUAUUAUUUGUACAUUUAAUUUCAAAAUUUAGUACUCACUGUACCAUCAUACUCACAGUACCGUUUUGAUAUUUUUGAUCAUCUUAUUUAUCUCGAACGAGGUAUGCAAUAUGCAUUUUAUAUCACGUUUUCUGAUGAAUUUGGUACUAUUUUUUAAUAAUUCGGGUAUAAAUAUACACUCAUCAGCGUUCUGGUGCCGUUUUUAUUAAGGAAUUUUACAUGGUCACACAUUUUACGUGCUUAGAAACUGAAGUAGUUAAAGUUUUGAUAAUUUAUAUAUUAAAUUUUUAAAUUUAUUAACCGUGUUUGGAAUAGUUGUGUACGAAAAUUGAUACAACCACGAAUAAAGAGGUUUGAAAUGUAACAAUAUUGGAGAAGUAAAUACACGAUUUAUGAUAUUGAUAUUGAUACAAAUAGUAUCAAACCGACUGAUUUUGUACAAUCCUACUUUUGUGAACCAAUUUUUGUGUAUCUACUAA